CUUCCCUUCCCUUCCCUUCCAAUAGAGAGAGAGAGAGAGAGAGAUCAAAACCACCAUGAUUUCACCGUCGCCUCUUCCGAUUCUCUCCAAUUGCACCGUCUUCCCCGACCGCGCCUCCACUCUCCCCGAUCUCAAGCUCUCCGUCUCCGAUCUCCCCAUGCUCUCCUGCCACUACAUUCAAAAAGGCUGCCUCUUCACCCGCCCCCCUCUCGCGGCGCCGGAUCUCGUUUCUCAGCUGAAACGCGCCCUCUCCGCCGCCCUCUCUCAAUUCCCGCCCCUCGCCGGCCGCCUCACCACCGAUUCCGACGGAUACGUCUACAUAUCCUGCAACGACGCCGGGGUCGAAUUUUCGCACGCGUACGCCGCAGAUCUAGAAAUCCGCGAUUUGCUAGGGUUUUCCGGCGACGGAGAUUUGCCGGCGGAGUUUAGGCAAUUUUUUCCGUUCGAUCUGACGGUGAGCUACGACGGCCAUUUCCGGCCGAUUCUGGCGGUUAGGGUGACGGAGCUCGCCGACGGAGUUUUCAUCGGCUGCGCGGUGAAUCACGCCGUCGUGGAUGGGACUUCGUUCUGGAAUUUCUUCAAUAGCUUCGCGGAGCUCAGCCGCGGCGUGAGGCGGAUUUCUAGGGCGCCGGAUUUUAGGCGCGAAUCGAUUUUGAUAUCUCCGGCGGUGCUCAGGCUGCCGGAGGGCGGCCCGAGCGUCACCUUCUCGAGCGAUUCGCCGGUGAGGGAGAGGAUUUUCCGAUUCAGUAAACAAUCGAUUCAGAGGCUUAAAUCUGCGGUUAACAACCGGAAAUAUGAAGGAGAAGGAAACGGAAUUGAUAUCGCUGAGCUGAUGGGGAAGCACAGCAACGACACGUUGAAAAACCCUGACGGCAAGCUAACGCCGUUAGCUUGGCUUAGGAGCGCCGUUUCUAGAGAAAUGGCGCCCCAAGCGGCGGCGGCGGCAGUUGAGAUCUCGUCUUUUCAAUCGCUGUGCGCACUGCUCUGGCGUGGGGUCACCCGCGCCAGGAAGCUUCCGGAGGCGAAAACGACAACGUUCCGGAUGGCUGUCAAUUGCCGGCACCGGCUCGAGCCUCGGCUCGAGCCGCUGUACUUCGGGAACGCGAUCCAGAGCAUCCCAACGCAGGCGGCGGCCGGGGAGGUCCUGGGUAGGGACCUCCGGUGGUGCGCCGAGCAGCUCAAUAGGAAUGUGGUGGCACACGACGGCGACACGGUGAGGAAGUACGUGGAGACUUGGGAGAGGGACCCGCGGUGCUUCCCGUUGGGGAAUUUCGAUGGGGCGAUGAUCACGAUGGGGAGUUCGCCCCGGUUCCCUAUGUACGAGAAUGAUUUCGGGUGGGGUCGGCCCGUCGCGGUUCGGAGCGGCCGCGCCAAUAAGUUUGAUGGAAAGAUUUCGGCAUUUCCGGGCCGCGAAGGGAACGGAACCGUCGAUUUGGAGGUGGUUUUGGCUCCGGACACUAUGGCGAGCCUCCUAUCCGACCCGGAAUUUAUGCAAUACGUAUAUGAUUAUUAGUCACCAUAUUAUUAUUUUAUUAGUACUAUUAUUAAGAAAAAAAAUGAAAAGGGAAAAAAAUGAGGGUGUGAUUGACAAAUUUGUGACAUAAAUUUUCUUUUUGAAUUCUAUUUUCUUCCACUCUAUGUAAUCGAUAUUUAAUUCCAAUGUGUCAAUCUAAUUUUUUUUCUAGAGCUUUA